GCUCCCUCACCCAACUGAACCACUUUAGCUCGGUUUUCGGGGUCGAAGUACAUUUGCUUAUCGUUUAUCUGCCGAGAUGCUCAGUUCCAGGAUUCUUUCAGGCCUAACACGGAUUCGCCCAACGUUGACAAGCAUCCGGACAAUGGCAGCAGCAGAUGGUUAUGCUUUUGAAACCCUUGCGGUUUCUUCACCUCGAGAAAAUGUAUACCAUGUAGAGCUGAAUCGACCAGAUAAAUUGAAUGCAAUGAAUAAAACUAUGUGGAAAGAUAUUGGACAGUGUUUCAACAAGCUUGGGGAAGACACAGACUGCAGAGCUAUAGUUCUGAGUGGAAGUGGACGGCUCUUCACCUCAGGCCUUGACCUAAGUGACAUGUCAGGAAUAGUAUCAUUAGUAAUGGGGGAUGACGAUGUCGCUCGAAAGUGUCGUGCUCUGCAUCACCUCAUCAAAGAAUUCCAGGAUGCAUUUUCUUCACUGGAAACGUGUCCAAAACCAGUGAUUGCUGCUAUACAUAAUGCCUGUGUUGGCGGUGGGGUGGACCUUAUCUGCUCAGCGGAUAUUCGAUACUGUACAUCUGACUCAUGGUUCCAAGUUAAGGAGGUAGAACUCGGCCUGGCAGCAGAUGUUGGAACACUGCAGCGCCUUCCCAAGAUUAUUGGCAACCAGAGUCUUGUCCGGGAAUUGGCAUUCUCUGCAAGGAAGAUGUUCUCGGAAGAGGCAUUGCGGAGUGGCCUUGUUUCUAGAACUUUCUCUGAUAAGCAAAGUGUACUAAAUGGAGCACUCGAUAUGGCAACAACAAUUGCUAGCAUGUCUCCAGUGGCCGUCCAGAACACAAAAACAACACUUAUCCAUGCUCGUGACCACACCGUUCAAGAGGGUCUGGACUAUGUGGCUAUGCUAAACAUGACGAUGCUCCAAAGUGAAGACCUCCGCAUAGCUGCAAUGGCAAUGAUGAGCAAAGGAAAGAAGCCAACAUUUGCCAAACUUUAGAAGAAAUUAAUGCUAGCUGACAUGACAAUUGCCUGGAAUUGAGUUUUAUUUUAAAAAUGAAACAUUUAAGAGCUUAUGAUCACUACAAAGGGGACUGAUAUUUUUUAGGUGUAAGUUGAGAUUAAUAAAAAGUAUUAUUUACUGUUUGUAAUAUUUUUGGGGGAAAGAAAUAAUGAUAAAAAUAUUAAUAAUGGUUAUUAUUGUGUCAGAAAUUAAACCGUUUUUGGUAACUGUCCUUAUGAAGUAAGCGAAACUACAGUGAACAUGUCAAGUACUCGGCACCAGUGGGUCAGUGGUAGGUAACAACAAAUUUUGUGUAUUGAUACAUGUGCAUACUGUAUGUUCAUUGUAUUCUUAUAAUCUAUUUGAUGUCCUGGACGAGGUUUUGUUUCAUGGAGAUUGUUUCAUUGCUUUGCUUCUCAGCUUAGCAUGAACUCAAGUACUAAUAAUAAAGUGCUAUUCUAAACAAUGCAAGUUUUUUCAGGUUAGUUUGUACAUAUAUAAGAGUAUUUCUAUCAGAUUUGUGUGUACUUGUUUUCAUUAUACAGAUGAUGCAAUAAAGAUAUAGUUUAUUU